UGCGUCAGAGAGAGGACGCGAGCGCGCGCAUCGCUCUAGUGCGCAGGUGGAUCUCAGCGCACAAUAGCGCGCCUGUCUCGCGCCACAGGUAGUAGCUGCUGGAUUCAGGUGUUGUAACUCGACACUGAACCAUGUGAUCAGCGAUGAGAAUUUAGAAAGAAGACAUACCCAGCUCGAGCAUUCACUCAACACUCUAGUAAAUACAAGACCACCAUUGAAAGCAGGACAGGACCCCGAAGGACAAUGUUUUAUUAUGAGCAGGACGCCGGAGUGACGAGCUAGUUUCGGUUUAAAUCCUUAAUUUGGCCGGUAAGGUGAGAGGCGGAAGAGACCUGCGGACAUAUAGUCCAAAACAUACAUUCACAAAAACUCGCCAGGAAACUUCGUGGAUUAUGAAUGUGGACACACAGCUCGCUAGAUUUUUUUAUUCUUUGAUCUCGGACAUGAUUUAUUGAUCACCUCCGCCCCUAGCCGGAGCGUCAGCCCCUUCUGGUCGGGGGUAGGGGUGCAGAUUGACUCCAUCCUGGAGAUGAUCCGGCAGGUUGGGCUUUUGGCUGGGAGUUUUAUGCUGCUGCUUCUCAGGAAUGUUUCGGCCCAGGCGGAAAACAGCACAAUGCCCAGUACAACGCCCAGUACAACUCCCAGUCCAGGCCCUAAUAUCGUGGCCAUUGUUGUACCAACUGUGGUCCUGGGACUGGUGGCUAUUUUAACAGCGAUUCUGGUGUUCCUGUUCUGUGUGGUUAAGAAGAAGAGACAGACGGAGGGGACGUAUCGCCCCAGCUCAGAGGAGCAAACAGGAACCCGUAGCGUAGAGACGCCAGACGCCCUCAAACUACCCAAGGAGGAGAGACUGAUUUGACACACCGGUUUAUAACUAACCAGCUGCACAUGAUGAUGGUGAAUCAAUUCCAAACUGGUUAAAUGGAUAAACAUUAACUAGGCACUGUUUCUGAGCACUGGCCAUAUGUUUUGGCUAAACAAAGCGAGUCUGACUACUUGGAAGAAACUUGAAGGAAAGCUACUCUCUCCAAAAGGAAAAACAUUUCACAGUAUAGAUCUGCUUGUGCUGUUCUCUAGCAUUGAUAUUCUUAGUUUAGACUGGUCAUUUCAUUUUGUGUUUUAAUUGUUCCUUUACACAUUCAAAUGCAGAUUUUUGUAUGUAAUGUUAAGAUAUGUUUAAAGGUGAAGUUUGCAAUUUUUCCACUCUUAGUGGCACAAAACAAAAGUGCAAUCUGUUUGUUUUUGCAUCCAGAAAAGGGCCAGACCCUUUAAGUCCCUUUAAGGCUAGUCAUGUCACUCGGCGGCCAUCUUUGAAAGUUCUCUUGGGCAACUAUUUCAUGCAAUAUCAUUGAAUGGGGAAAAAUCAAACUCUCCAAAAGCUGUUCAACAAGCUUACGAUUAAUAUUCAUAUAACAUUUUUCAAAUUACCAAUGAAAUCUGAUCUUAUAAAUUGUUUAGAAACACUCAAAUCAUGAAAAAAAAAUAUAAAAAAAAACCUGGCUGACCUGCCAAUGCACAUGAGUAGUCAUAAACGCACCACUUGGUAAAGAAACACUGACUGUUUUUUUACCAAUUGGCUCAUUUAUUAGGAAGGCGGGACUUACUCCGCCAUAUUGUGCGUUUCACUCUCUCCUAUUCAUAGAAAUAUAAGUGGACCGUCUUUAUAAAUCUAAAGUCUUUGGUUAACUUAACAGUAUCAGCUCAACCAAUGGUGUGAGUUUGGAGGCAGGACUUCUGUGAGACUGAAUAAUAGAAGCUGGGGGUGUGCGCCUGUUUCCUGACACUAGAUUUUGCACACUACACCUUUAAAUAUAUACUGAGAUCCAUUUGCCCACAAAUUGGAUAUUUUUACUUUCAUAUCUGGUUGGUUAAAACCCCUUUGAUCAUUUCAGAAAUUAUUUCAUUUGUCUUGAUUUACCUCAGUUACAUUUCUAUAGCUAUAUUAUAGUUAUACUCUAUUUUAACUAAUACUAAGUGUCCAGAAAUUUGAUCAGCGCAACAAUGAAUUCUGCUUGGAAUCGUUUUUGAUUCUUUUUAUGACAGCAUGAAUGUUUACACUCAAAUAUUUCAUGUGUUCUAUUUAACUUGAAUGCCUUUUCAAAUUUCAGAUUUUUAGAAUUUGCUAAGUUGUGCAGUUUAUAUUUAAGCAAAAAGGCAUACGAGGUUAUACUAUAAUCAUGGCUAAGGGUGUUGUAAGGCACAACGCUCAGCAGAGUUUCUAUAUUUACAAUUCAAAAUGUCCUUGGGUGGCUUUGCUGUUGCUCCACAUUAAAAUAUUGAGGACACUUCACACAUUUUCAAUAAAACAUGUUGAUUGAGCUUAUU